AUGGUACUGACAAAUUCUGUUUUCUCGCUUUUUCAUUCCCUGUUUUUCUCACAUUCUCUCUACCUCUCUCUCUCUCUCUCUCUCUCUCUCUCUCUCUGUUCAGUGCCUCAGCAGGACGUGCUUGAUUAUGGCUCUCCACAAUUUCUUUUUUUUCGUUGCUCUCAGAAACACACACACUCUCUCUCUCUCUCUUCAACGCUUCUUAAGGGCAUGGUUGAUAAUGGCUCACCACAAUUUCUUUUCUUUUGUUGCUCUCAGCAAUACUCUCUCUCUCUCUCUCUCUCUCUCUCUCUCACUCUAUCUCUCUCUGUUUUCAACGCUUCUUCAGGACCAAUACUUUCUCUCUCUCUCUCUCUCUCUCUCUCUUUGUUCAAUACUUCUUCAGGAAUUUGGGUGAUUAUGGCUCUCCACAAUUUCUUUUCUUUUCUUGCUCUGAGCAAUACUCUCUCUCUCUCUCUCUCUCUCUCUCUCUCUCUUUGA